UGGCAUUUCCUAUUUAUACUCCGUAUUUCAUAGAUCUCCUACUCCUUGCUUUCACUUCAGCUCUUUUUGGCCCGCCGCAGGUUUCUAGGGUAAACUCUCUUUGCAUUCGUAAGCUCUCGUAAUCCAUCAUGGGUAAGGAGAAGACUCACAUCAACAUUGUUGUCAUUGGCCAUGUGGACUCUGGGAAGUCUACCACCACUGGUCACUUGAUCUACAAGCUUGGAGGUAUAGACAAGCGUGUGAUUGAGAGGUUUGAGAAGGAAGCUGCUGAGAUGAACAAGAGGUCAUUCAAGUAUGCCUGGGUGCUUGACAAGCUCAAGGCAGAGCGUGAGCGUGGGAUCACCAUUGAUAUUGCUCUGUGGAAGUUUGAGACAACCAAGUACUACUGCACUGUUAUUGAUGCCCCGGGACAUCGUGACUUCAUUAAGAACAUGAUUACUGGAACCUCACAGGCUGACUGUGCUGUCCUGAUCAUUGAUUCCACCACUGGUGGUUUUGAAGCUGGUAUUUCCAAGGAUGGUCAGACACGUGAGCAUGCUUUGCUUGCUUUCACCCUUGGUGUGAAGCAAAUGAUUUGCUGCUGCAACAAGAUGGAUGCUACAACCCCCAAAUACUCAAAGGCUAGGUAUGAUGAAAUUAUUAAGGAAGUGUCAUCCUACCUGAAGAAGGUUGGGUACAACCCUGAUAAGAUCCCAUUUGUUCCUAUCUCUGGGUUUGAGGGUGAUAACAUGAUUGAGAGGUCAACCAACCUUGACUGGUACAAGGGCCCAACCCUCCUUGAGGCUCUUGAUAUGAUCAAUGAGCCUAAGAGGCCCACUGAUAAGCCCCUCCGUCUCCCACUUCAGGAUGUCUACAAGAUUGGUGGUAUUGGUACUGUCCCUGUGGGUCGUGUGGAGACUGGUGUCCUCAAGCCUGGUAUGGUUGUCACUUUUGGACCUUCUGGUUUGACCACUGAAGUUAAGUCUGUUGAGAUGCACCACGAGGCUCUUCAAGAAGCACUCCCAGGUGACAAUGUUGGGUUCAACGUUAAGAAUGUUGCUGUUAAGGAUCUCAAGCGUGGGUAUGUUGCCUCCAAUUCCAAGGAUGAUCCAGCCAAGGGGGCUUCUAGCUUCACCUCCCAGGUCAUUAUCAUGAACCACCCAGGCCAGAUUGGUAAUGGUUAUGCCCCUGUGCUUGACUGUCACACCUCCCACAUUGCUGUCAAGUUUGCUGAACUCAUGACUAAGAUUGAUAGAAGGUCUGGUAAGGAGCUUGAGAAGGAGCCCAAAUUCCUCAAGAACGGAGAUGCUGGUUUCGUGAAGAUGAUUCCGACUAAGCCUAUGGUUGUGGAAACCUUCUCUGAGUACCCGCCACUGGGGCGUUUUGCUGUGAGGGACAUGCGUCAAACUGUUGCUGUUGGUGUCAUCAAGAGUGUGGAUAAGAAGGAUCCAACUGGUGCCAAGGUUACCAAGGCUGCCCAGAAGAAGAAGUGAACCGUGCUGGCUCAUAAACUCUGCUUUAAUAACGCUUGUCAAAAAGAAUUCUCUUGGUUUAGUAAUGUUGUACUAGUCUGGUCUUCGUUUUAUUUCAUGUGUUGUAGUCUUUUGCCCUGUAUGUUUGGUACCCAUUAUUCACAGAAUUGGGUACUAGACAGGCGGUGGCGAGUCUUGUGUCUUUUAGUUUUCUUGCUAUGUGGUUUGAUGUUUUGAGGUGCCUUGGUAUAUACAAAGGCGGCUUUGGAGUUAUGUUGCCAUGCGGCGAGUGUUUGAUAUUAAUUUAUGAACUUGUUUAUGUUAA